AUGACAAUUGUCGUUUUUCUCAUCGAUUCCAGUGCCUCAAUGGCCCAAAAGACUUAUCAGGGUACCGCGAUGCUGGAUGUAGCGCGGUCAGUCGUUGAAUUGAUCCUCAAGCAACGGGUACGUGAUGCAAGUGCGCGUGGUGAUCGAUAUAUGCUGAUGUCGUUCGAAGAAUUUCCUAUAAAUGUAAAGGCGGGAUGGCGAGAAAGCCAAAGUGUCUUCCAGGAGCAAUUGAAAAUGCUGAAACCGCAUGGUCUAACGUCUUUUGGUACUGCUUUAGGCUCAGCAUUAAGAUUUGUGAAUGUGAAUCGAUUACAAACUGGCAUUGACAAUUUUGGUGCUGGUCGUUAUCCAUUCUAUAUCGAACCUGUUGUUAUAAUUAGCAUAACUGAUGGUAACUGUUUGACAUGUCCUCAGUUUGGAACUGUUAAUGAGAUUAAAGUCGCGAAGCCUACGACGAUUGGUAAUGAGCUGAUUGAAGAACCAUUUAGAUGGGAUCAACGCCUUUAUUCAAUAGUUCUACGUCUCAGUGGUAGUACCCCCGUGGGAAAAGUUUCUCCUGGAAUGAAUAUACCUUCAGAUAAUAGCCCUAUUGAUGCGAUGUGUGUUGCAACUGGUGGACGAUCAUACUGCGUAUCGUCGCAUAAAAUGCUAUCUAUAUGUGUUGAAUCGGUCGUUCAAAAAUUACAACAGCAGGGAAUCGUUUUGCGUUUCGAAAAAUACGGGCCAGAUCCUAUAUUGAAUCCUGAUCGAACAAACGGCAUUGUUGAGAAUGGAGGUUCGAAAAAAAAUGGUGAAUUAGCGUCUGUUGGUGUUAAAUCAUUUAAUUCAGAUAACUGGCAUAAUGUAACCUGUACAGUUUAUUCGCGUGCGUCUCGAUCAUACCCCGGUCACUGGCCUAUUCCGGAGGCGUUUUGGCCCGAUCGCACCAUGGUAAGUUUACCGCCACGAAAGGCUCAUCCGGUGAUCUCAUUUCGUUGUGAAUCUUGUGAACCUCUUGUUUGUCAGGAUUUUCCAUUUGAUAAGUAUGAGCUUGAACCUUCGCCUUUAACGAGGUUUAUAUUAGAACGUAAACAGCCUGGAGUUUUCGUUCAUAAUUCAAGUGUACUCGGGAGUUCACCGGUUCCUUUCGGAUACCUCAAAGCAGCCACCAAUUUAUCAUGUGUAAAUUUAUUUAUAAUGCCUUACAAUUAUCCACUUUUACUUCCGCUAAUUGAGGAAAUGAAGUUGGAUUCAAAAGCCAAAAAUAGCCAUUCCUGGAGGUUGCGUUUGGAAAAGUACUUGGCCACAGUACCAAGUUACUAUGUACAGGUAGAUCUUAAUCAGAAUUGUGCGUUCUUUUUUGAUGUUGUUUUAUAA